GGCAGCAGAGAGGGGCAGGCAGCGCCAUGCGGAUCUCCCGUCCCGUCGCCGCUCUCCUGACCUGGUACCUGUGUGGGACAGGCGGCCGUCGAACCCGCCGAGCUGUCUUUACUUUAGGAAUACGAAGGUUUUCCUCAUUUGCAGAUCCUGAGAUUAAAGUUUGUGUCAUUGGUAGUGGUCCUGCAGGUUUCUACACUGCACAGCAUCUGCUGAAGCACCACAAAUCAACUGUGAUUGAUAUCUAUGAAAAAUUGCCCGUUCCAUUUGGCCUUGUGAGAUUUGGUGUUGCUCCCGACCAUCCAGAAGUGAAGAAUGUUAUCAAUGUAUUCACCCAGACAGCACACCUUGACCGCUGCUCAUUUUUUGGAAAUGUUACUGUUGGGAAGGAUGUAAGCAUUGAGGAGCUGAAACAAGCAUACCAUGUUCUGGUAUUGAGCUAUGGAGCUGAAACUAAUCGGAUACUAGGAAUUCCUGGGGAGAAUCUACUAGGUGUAUAUUCUGCAAGAGCAUUUGUAGGCUGGUAUAAUGGUUUACCAGAAAACAGAAAUCUGAACCCUGAGUUGAGUAGUGAGACGGCAGUCAUUUUGGGGCAUGGAAACGUGGCAUUAGAUAUCGCCAGGAUUCUCCUUUCUCCCAUUGACCUGCUUAAGAAAACGGAUAUCACUGCACAUUCUCUGGAGGCUAUAGAAAAUAGUAAGGUGAAGCGGGUGAUAAUUGUUGGGAGAAGAGGACCUCUCCAGGUGGCAUUUACCAUAAAGGAGCUGCGUGAGAUGAUUAAUUUGCCGGGUACUCGUUCAUUGCUCAAUCCCAGUGAUUUUGAGGGACUCAAACAUACUGUUAAAGACCUGCCAAGGCCAAGGAAGCGGUUGACGGAACUCAUGAUUAAAGCUGCUCUUGAAAUGAGUUCUGCAAAAGAAGCUGAGUUGCGAGCAGCAGCAACUAAAGAAUGGUGCCUUCGAUUCCUGCGAAGCCCCUUGGAGAUUAUUCCAUGUAAAGAUGGAAAACGUGUGGGUGGGAUUCUGCUGUCUGUAACCAAGCUGGAAGGUUCAUUUGAAUCUGCAAGGGCCAUUCAGACAGAAGAUACUGAAGAUCUGGAGUGUGGAUUAGUGCUGACCAGCAUUGGCUACAAAAGCCAUCCAAUUGACCCCUCUGUUCCAUUUGAUCAGCAACAAGGGAUUAUCCCAAAUAAUUUGGGACGGGUCCUGCAUGCACCAGGCAUGUACUGCAGUGGCUGGGUAAAAAGAGGACCAGCAGGGGUCAUCGCAACCACGAUGAAUGAUAGUUUUGAAACAGCAGAGUCUGUGCUAGAAGAUAUACAAUCAGGAAUACUGGAUGUAUCUGCCUCAAAAGGAGGGUUUAAAGUAAUUGAGGCUCUGCUUAAACAGAGAGGAAUAUACCCGGUUUCAUUUUCUGGAUGGGAAAAAAUUAACUCUUUUGAAGUGGCAAAAGGAGAAAAAGCAGGCAAGCCCAGGGAGAAACUGCUAACCGUGACAGAGAUGCUAGAAGUGGCCAAUCAGUGACCAGGCUGCUAAAUGAAGGGAUCCAUGCUGAGAUCUACAGAAUGUGACUGCCUUGCCUCCGAGAACAUUGCCAGUGGCUGAUUUAAUGGAGAAACAUUUGUCUAUUUGUUCUUUGUUUAACAGAGGCAGGAUCAUGAGAUUCUCUUGAAAGAGAAAGCCUAUAUCCCAUGGGAAAAGUCUACAAAGGCUUGCUGAUUUUGAGAGUUGAAGUAUUAUUCCAGUUUGUGUGUGGAGAAGUUUUUUCACAAUUUGGACAUCAUUCUCAGCAGAAAGAACCCUUGUUGGUGCUGAAUUUGAGUUUCACCAUUGUGGAAUUGGACCAGCUCUCCCCUAACUUGAAGUAUUGCCCCCUAACUUGCAUUUUCUGUGUGCCAAUUGAGUAUUCAGUUUUGAGAACUGGCAUCUUCAGUUUUUGUUCAUUGCCAAGGCCACUGAUUUAUGACUUUUCACAAAAUAGAAAGCUCUGAGAUGCAGAAAUAGCAGCUAAUAAAAGUUGCAUUUAUCAUUCUUAAA